AUGAAGAAAAUGAUCAACAUGAUGGGAGAGGAAGAAGAAGAUUUGAGCAACACAAGACUUGAUCUUGGAUUGGGAUUGGGUGGUGGUGAUUAUGUGGCAAGGCAUGAGAGGGCGAAGAAGACGGUGUGUUUGGAUCUCUCAUUUAGCCUCUCCCCAAAAGUUGAACCCAAUAUUGUUAACUUAGAUGAUAAGGCAGUAGGAGGGUCAAGUAGUUUGAUCAAUCUAAUUGAAGAAGAACAAGAAGAAGAGCAUGACUACUCAAACAACAAGAUCACUAGUUGUAGUCUUAACAACAAUGAGAGGAAAAAACUGAGGCUUUCAAGAGAGCAAUCUAGUUUGCUUGAAGGCACCUUCAAACUCCAUACCACUCUCAAUCCGGCACAAAAGCAUGCAUUAGCAGAGCAAUUAAACUUAAAACCAAGACAAGUUGAAGUUUGGUUUCAGAACAGGAGGGCGAGGACGAAAUUGAAGCAAACAGAGGUAGACUGUGAAUUCUUGAAAAAAUGCUGUGAAAGUUUAAGUGAUGAGAACAGAAGACUCAAGAGAGAAUUACAAGAAUUAUACAUUCAACUCCCUCAGCAGCCUGCAACCUGCACUUCCUGCCAAAGGAACCGUUUGUCGAAUGCUUGGUUCGGUUUUAGCCCUAGGUUGGUGCUUGGGAAGGGUAAGACUCCAAUCCCUCCAUGUGAAAUUUCUCCUCCCAAUUAA